GUUAUUUAUUUUUUUCUUGUGAUUUGUUUGUUGAAAGAGCCCAGCUCGCGUCAGAAUACGAUGUCUACAUUGGCGCGAAGGGAUCGAUUUCAGAGGGAAAUCAUAAUUGGUGUCCAAUAAGAAAAGUUUGCAUCAUGUUUUUGCACGCCAAGUGUGUGUGUGCUUGCGGAGUGUAAGGCGCCGCACAAAUUUCGAGUGAAAACGAUCGGCAAAAACAACAAAUCCCACCACAAAGUGGCGAAGCAACAACAAAAUAAGAGCGGGUCCCAAAAAAACAACAAAAACAAAAUCAUUGAAACCCGUAAUUAAAGGUCGGCAGAUGGGCGGCCAACGGAAUUACGUGCCCUCCGCUGGCCACUCUUCUCGUGGUUCCUGUUGUUGCCCUCCCAGUUGCAGUUCCCGUUGCAGUUGUUGUUGUUGCAGUUGCAGCGGACCAUCUCUCGCAGCGCAGUGAGAGCGAGUGGGACGGCAAGCGAGCGCCACUAAAGGUGCGAGCGAGAGCCCUUUAUAAUGGUCUCGAAGAAGCGUUCCAAUGCCGCUGAACGCGUCCAGCGCUCGACGGCGACUGCGGCAGCGGCGGCAGCAGCAGCGGCCGCAGCAGCAUCGGCCUCCUCGACGCAAGGCAAGAAGCGACCCGGGAAGCAGGCGAAAACCUCCAGCGCCGGCGAUGAAGCAGAGGACAAAAAAUCAACCAGCAAGUCGGAUUCAAGCGCAGCGGGGUCUGCAGCCAAGAAGCCAGCCAAGGAUCCCUCAGCGGGAUCUUCGGGAUCACUCACUGCCCCAGAGAGCAGCGGAUGUGGAGCCGGAAAACCCACAGCCUCCACGUCAUCGUCAUCCACCUCAGCCUCCGCAUCCGCGUCCACCUCCGCCCUCGCCACCGCCUCCCCCUCCAACAGCUUGAAACUGUCGCCCGAAGAGCGACACGAGGAUGGCAAGGCGCGAGCCAUCAACAAGAUGCUCAAGAGUCUGGACAUCAAGAUCCACGGCUUCGACAACCUGCUGCCCAGCGGCGAGGAGCGGCUCAAUGAGGGCGUGCUCAAGUCCUCCAUUUCGGAGAACGUCAAGACCAAGUCGCGGGCAGCGGCGGUCAAGGUGAUAUCCAGCCUGAAUCCCGGCAAGCUGCCGACUGUGAAGCGCGUGCGUCCAUCCCCGGAACCAGUUAAGGACAAGGUUGCGGAGAAGCCUGCAGAGAAGGUUCCGGAAAAGGACAAACCCAAGUCAGAGCAGGAGAUCACCUCACCCGCUCUAGAGGAAUCUCUGGCCUCUAAGUUGCCCAAAAAGACGGUGCAGCAGGCCAAGAAGACCAAGGUGGAGCCAUCGCCACAACAAACGCCCGCUGCAACGACAGCAUCAGCAGCCAAUCCGGGUCCAAGCUCCGCCAGUUCCAAGCAGUCAGCUAAGAAUCCCGGAAGGAAACCAACGCAGCCAGAGCAGUCGAAGAAGGAGCCACCCAAGCCAGCCAAAAUGGGAAAACCGAAGAAGGCGUCGCCAGGUCAGGAAGCAACCUUAUUAAAGAACGCUUCCCGUCUGCCGGACUCCAAUACAGAACCCGUGCAAAUGGAGCUGGAGGAGAUCGUUAGUACGCCCACGCCCACGGCCACACCGACGUCCUCAGCCACGCCUACGGCUACACCAACUCCUACAGCCACGCCUACGGUUACACCAACGCCCACGGCCGCACGCACUCGCACUCCUACGCCCACACCAACAUCCACAUCCGUUGCCACGGAGGCAGGUCAUCCCACGCCGCCGCCACCACCACCAGCAGGUGCACUCAAACAGCGACCAAAGGUGAAGUACACGAAGACCUCGGCGGGAUCGAAGGGUCGCAUGCAGCAGGCGAUGCACCAGAAGGCACCGGCUGCCUGCUGGAGCGGAGCCAAGGAUAUUUAUGACUUUAAGUCGGGAUCGGAGGACGAGGAGCCGAUCAAGAUGGUGCUGCCGUCGCUCAAGGAGCUGCGCGAGUUCUCCGAUGAGGAUAACAAGCCACUGAAGCUGUUUGAGCGGCAGGACAAAGCCAAGAGUCAGGUGGAUGAGGAGGAGCAGCCCGUAGUCAAGAAGGAAGAGAAGCCGCCGGUUGAGAAGGAGGUGAAGGUGAAGUUCAAGGAAAAGGAGAGGGAAGUAGACCCUUUGAUCAACGUACAUCAGUCCGAACCAGUAGCCAAGAUCACCAGCACCGCCUCCGCGUCGUCGGGCAAAAAGCAAGCCAAGCGCAAACUAGCCACUCCAACGCCCACUCCUUCGGUUCGCAAGAAGAAACCGGUGGGCAAGGGAAAGACCGCUCCAGCCAAGGAGCCACCUGCCAGCGGCAGUUCCGCGGAAAGCAGCUCAUCCGAGGACGAACGGAAACUGAGUGCCUACACCGGACCCAAGCGACACCGCAUGGCCUCGCUAAACGCGCUCGCGAAGGUGCAGUGCCUGUACGAGAACGAAUCCCGCACCGCCCACGAACUGGGCUUGUCCAAGGCGACGCAGCAACCGCCGCGCAUCCGGACGCUGGACGGGAGCGACGAUGACAACCACAAGGACUCGCCGCGCCACGGAGACACGGACCGGGACAAGGGAUCUGUGAGUCCGCCGCACCAGGCGGCUGCUCCUUCAGCCGUGUCGAGUGCUCCGCCCAAGGAGGCAGAGCCACGAAGGGAGCUGCGCUAUGUGCCCGGUGGCAGAGGAGUGGGCAAGCACUGGGAGUUCGACAGCGACAGCGAGACCGAGGAACUGCAGCUCCAGCAGCCCCUGCCGCCAGUUAAAAAGAAGAAGCUGCCCAAGAAGGCGCCGCCCAAGAAGACUGCGUCCAGCGAGGCUGAGGCCAAGCGAAAAAAGAAGCAGGUCCAGAUCGAAGAAAGCGAUGAAGAGGAGGCCAGGGAAAAGGAGAAGCCCAAGCCACCAAAGCAGCUGCCGAAGAAGCGCAAGACCGCCUUCACUGAGGAGCUCAUCGGGGAUUACAAGGGCAUCCUGGCCAGAAAGCGAAUGGCCAGCCUAAACGCUAGCGCCAUUGUGGCGGCCACCUACGAGGUGGAGCGGCACUUGGACAAGAACUUGGCCAGCGAUUGCAGCAGCUUCGAGAGCUACGACGAGCUGGACACCAUGCCCACCACCACCAGCAAGGCAGCGUCUUCGGCGGCAAUCAAAACCGAGGUGAUGCACAUCAAGAAGGAGCCCAAGGACUCCAAGGAAUCAUUGCGCGAGAGGGAACGGGAAAGGGAGUGCGAGCGCAAGAGGGAGAGGGAGAACGAACUGAAGGAUUCGACCGUCGGCAAGAUGUCCAGUCAUUCGAUCAUCGAGGAGAGCAACGACUCAAAGUACUCGAAGGAGACCAAGGAGACCAACACGGACACCACCAUAACCACCACCGGCUACCGCGACUCGACUGCCAGCACCAAGGACGCCAAGGACUGCAGUCGGCCCACCUCCUCCUCCGUGGUUAUUGUCCAGGACACGGACGUGACCAUCACCGGCGUCUACGUGAACGCCAGCAACGGGGCCGCCCAGGAGGCGUACUGCAAGAUGCAGUACCGCGUCCAGUCGAGCGUCACGGAGGAGCGCGUCCUGCGGCCCGGGUCCGUGGAGCCGCCCAAGUCAUACACGCCGCUCAGCGCCCUCUCCAGCAUGCUGCCCCCGGGUGCCAGUUCUGGACUUAGCGAGGCCCACAGCUCGCCGCCGCUUCCAGUCCAUGCAGCACCGACGGGGCCGCAUGUCCUGCUGCCCGGCGAGCACCUCAGCGCCGGGAUGUACCACGCCCCCGAUCUCGGCCUGCACACGGAGCACGCCCUGCCUGAUCACCACGGCCCGCCGCCACCGUCGUACGCUGCUGCAGCAGCAGCUGCCGCGGCCGCCGCCGCCUACCACGCCCACCAGCUGGCACCGGGAGGCGGUGGCGUGCUGCACAUGCACCACCAGCACCAAUACGCCGCCCACGCGGCCCACGCACAUCACUACCAGCAGGCGGCCGAGUACCAUGGUGGGCUGCCUCCGCCACCACAUCACUAUGGCGGUCCGCCCCCACCGCCCCAAGGUCACUAUGGCCCGCCGCCGGGAGCGCCCGUUCCGGUGCCGGUGCCGGUGCCCGUGCCGGUUCCGGUGCCCGUUCCCAAUCCCGGGACCGUGCCCGAGCGCUGCGACGUGGGAUCGCCACCGCCGUCGUAUCGCGCCAGCGCAUAUCCGCCGCCUUCGAGUGUGGGCAUGCCUCCGCCCACUCUGGGGGGUGGGUCGAGCGCCUUCUGUGCCCCGAGUCCACUGCACCAUCACCAGCACCAACACCAGCACCAGCAGCCGGGGCCAGGAGUUGGGCCACCGCACCACGAUCCCAGUGGCUACUAUCAGCCGGCUGGACCGCUGAUCUCACCGCAUGUGAUCGCCGCCCCACCGCCGCCAGCGCAAGUGAAGAAGCUGCAGGAGGAGGACGGCGCCGCCCCUGCCGCCGGAUCGCCCUCGCAGUUGCAGCACCAGGCGGCCGCCGAAGCCGCCGACCAGGCUGCAGCCCAGUCCCAGUCGCAAGCCCCAUCGCAUGCCCACGCCCACAAUCCGCAGCAGGCGCACCAUCCGCCGCAGCCACAGCCCUAUCCGGCCAGCGCCGUGGCGGCCGCAGCCGCGGCAGCCGCCGCCCACCAGGGCGUGCCCUACUCGCGCUCGAUGCACGCGGCCCAGAUGCACUACUCGACCGCCUAUCCGCCCAACUACUACGCGCCAUACCCGGGCGAGGUCAUGUGCUACUCGCCGCCCACCUACCAGCCCUACUUCUCGAGCAAGGUCUACCAGCCGUCGCACGCCGCGCAUCCUGCCGCCCAUCCGCAGGGUCCGCCGCCGCCAGGCGCCUACCGCCGCUAUCCCUACUACCAGCACGCGGGUCCGCCUCCGCCGCACGAGCUCUACGAACAGCAGCCGCCCCCGCCGCCCGUCUCAUCCGGCUCGGUGGCCGGUCCGCCGCAGCAGCAGCCUCCCACCAGCAGUUCAGGCGCAGCCGGAGCGGCCGGAGCAGCAGGAGCAGCGGGCGCACCCGCCGGCAGCCAGCUGGUCCCUGCCCACCAGCAACAGCACCAGCAGCAGCACUUGGAGCACUACCCGGGACCGCCCAGCUACUACGCCGGAUACAGUCCCGGCGGAGGGGCGUCCUCCGGCCAGUGCUACACGCGCGGGUUGCAAGGACCGUAUAUGGAGUAUCCACCGCAGUGUCCCUGCCCAAUGCCUCAAUCGUGUCCAAAAAACGUCCAUACUGGGCCUCAUAUUGGUAGCAACAUCAUCAGCAACAUCGACCAGAGCAGCAGCAAGAACAGCAGCAGCAGCAGCAAUAUGUUGCUGAGUGCCUCGAGCAACAGCAAUAUCAGCAGCAGCAGCACUUUGACUGCCUGCAGCAGCGCUACGACAACAACUACAGCGUCAGCGUUGACUACCAGUAGAGGCCCAGUGAAAAAUGUGACCCAUAACACUAGCGACAGUAGCAGCAACACCAGCAACAGUAGCAACACCAACAACAGCAGCCCCAGCAACAUCAGCAGCAGCAACAGCAGCAGCCAGACAAGCGAGAUGACUACGCGGGCAACAGCAGCAACAAACACGAACACGACGGCAACCACCGCCACCACGGGCACCCAGUGCCAGAUGCUCGUGAAGACGGAGCUCAAGGGCGAGAAUCCCCAAGUGACCAAGAUGCAGUACGAGGCUCACGUGAUGCCGCCGCCCACUCCGCCGGAGAGCUACUGUGCCAGCGACGAGAAGCUGCUCGAUGACCAGGAGCAGGAGGCCGAGCUGGAGCUGCGACUGCGUCUGGGAUUGCGGCUGGAGAAGAGUCACGGUGGGCAACAGCACAUCGAGGCGUACGAUCUCACCAGCAGCACCCCGCCCCCAGUAACCGCCCCUCAGGCGACAGCAGUGCCGCGCAAGGCGAGGAUCGGCAAGAGCAUGGCCAGGGAGAUGGUCUAUGCCGCCCAGCAGCAGCCGCUGCCGGAGAUGCAGUUGAAGCAGCCGAAGGAAGCUGCAGCAAAAAAGGAAGCGGAACCAGAGAUGCCUUUCGUACUUAAAGCGGAAAUCAAAGCCGAAACCAAAAUCAAAAUCGAGCACGACGGCGAGGCGCAGGCCAGCACACAUAUCAGCCAACUGCCGGACCUGAAGCCCACCAUCAAAACGGAACCAGAGCUGGAGCAGGAGACGGAAGCGGGCUCAGUUCCUCCUGUGGCUAAAACGGAGCCGGAGCAGAAUCAGGAGACGGAGAAGGAGAAGGAGAAAGAGCUGCCGGAUAGCGAGGAGCAGCAGCCCAGUGGUAGCAAGCAGCGCAUCAACCUGCUGGCCUCCUCCGGUGGAAACAAGAAGACCAAGACGAACCACAGCUACAAGAGCCUGAUCAAGCAGGCCGAGCCCAAGAAUUACCUCUGUCCCGGCCGCAGGUUCGUCCGCCGCCACGGACGUGCCCCGGCCAAAUAUGCCAAGCGGCGUCAGAUGAUCUUGACGCAGCGACAGCAGCAGCGAAUGCGACUGCAGCGCCGCGAGCAGCAGCAACAGCGACGCCAGCAACGCGAGGCGGCAGCAGCUGCAGCAGCAGCGUCCUCCUCUUUGGGAGCCACGCAGACGGAGGCAGGAGCAGAAGCGCUCAGCGUGCAGGAGCAGGCAUCCAUGACGCAGGUCAGCAGCUCGGCCACGCCCAGUGCAUCGCCUAAGAGGGCUCGGCCUCGGAAACAGGAGAUUGCCGCUCUGCAUCUGCUCGAGGGCUUGGAUACGACGAUGAGUCGCGGUUACUUCAGUGAUCCGGAGCUCAAUCACAGCAGUCGUAAGCAGGCACCCACUGCAGUGGGCGGCCUUUAUGCCGCGUCCUCGCCGCUGACCCUAGCGACAGACCCCAGAGGCAAACAGCCCGCUGCCGAGAAGCGCUCCAAGUCGGAGACCAAGAAGUCUCCGGCGGGAGGGCUCUCGGAGACUGCCAUUCCCAGUAAGAAGCCACGCAAGCAGACCGCAGGCAAGACCAAGAGCAAGGGCAAGAAGUCGUCGGCAGCAGGAGCGGCGACAGUUGCAUCCACGGCAGAAACACAAGCACCAUCGGUGACAUCGGGCACUGCGGCUACACAAGAGACCAACAACAACGAAUAUCAGACGGCAGAUCUCCAGGCCCAGAAGUUCGGUGACUCACCAGCUGCCACCGAUGCAACGGCAACGGCAACUGGAACAGUAACCUCUCAGCAGCAGCAGCAACAUUCCGAUGAGCAACACCAGUUUCUGGUGCCCAAUCAGCCGGCUGCAGCAGCCGCUUCCGUUGCCCAAACGACCACCCCUCCGCCCAACCGUCAAGGCCAGACGACGCACACGAAGCGGGCCAGAUCGCGCUGCAAGUUCGGAAACCGCAAGCGCCAAAGGCAGCGACCUGGAGGCGUGAGCUACGAGCUGGAUGAGACCCAACCGCCGGCAACCAAGGCCAAUGUGGUGCCCAAGUGGAACAAUGGAUGGAUGUGGGCGGGCAAAGCCUUCCAGGGCGCCGUCUUCCUCAAUAGCGAUGAUCCGCUAGUGCUGCGCACUUGCUACCCAGCCAUGCGACAUGUGGAGGGCGACAUCAUCCGCAUCAGGGACUGUGUGCUACUUAAGGCCAACGAGGACAACGAGCUACCCUACGUGGCCAAGGUGGCGCAUCUCUGGCAAAACCCCGAAGACGGCGAGAUGAUGAUGUCGCUGUUGUGGUACUAUCGGCCUGAGCACACAGAUCAGGGACGGCAGCGCAACGAUUGUCCAGACGAGGUGUAUGCCUCCCGUCAUCGUGACCACAACUCGGUGGCCUGCGUCGAAGACAAGUGCUAUGUCCUCACCUUCAGCGAGUACUGCAGGUAUCGGCGCCGCCUGCGUGCCGCCGAGGAAGACGUGGAAGACGUAAGCAUCGUGCCCCGUCGACCGAUCAGUGCCACCGCUCCCUGGUAUCCGGUGCGCACCGUGCCGGAGCACACCAAUCCGGAGCUGGUCAUGUUCUGCCGCAGAGCCUAUGAGUUCCGGACGCGACGCCUGCUCAAGCUUCCCCAGAAGAACGGACUUGUGUGUAGCUCCAGCUAGCGCAAGGCAUGAGCCAUCGGCGAACGAACAACUCCUAUCAAACAAGGGGAUAGUUGAACUUUGGAGUGUAGGAACAUUAGCUUAAAUUCGGAUUGCGAUGGCAAUCGGAGGAGCGAAGAGAAGUGAAGUGGAGAGUGGAGAAAGCCCUGGCAGAGGACAAAGAAAUCGGAGAAUGAAAGUUACAUUGUUUUGAUCAGUCUACAGUAUUGUUAAAGAUAUUGUUUGUCUUUGUUGUUAAGAGAGAUCUUGUUAGGAUGGGCCCGGGCUAUGCAGCUGCAUUCGUUGUUCCUAACCAAAUUUCGAUUGGUCUCGUUGCGCCUCUCCGUUCGAUGUUUCCUGACCCAAAUACUUGGACGCGUACACUACCUCUGUCGGGGCAGGAUAAGAGACACACAGAUACACCCAAACACACGGCUAACACCCAGACAUACACCAGACCAAAAUGUAGGCAAGAGAUUUUCUCUUAGAUGUGAGAAUUUAGAGAGAGGUUAGAAUGGAAAGCAUAACGUCGAAAAGCAACUGCUAGGAGAAAGCAUUAAAUAUUUUACAUUGUAUUACAUAAUUUAUUUAUUCUGACUACACCCCCCACCAACCCACACGCACGGAUAUUUUUGUUAUUAAGUUGUAUGUAUUUAUUAUCAUUAAUAUUGAGAUAGUCAACAUUCUGCGGACAGUUUUCCGUUCACUUUUGCUCUUGUUGCUCGAGAAAUUCUAUUAACAGAUAAUCCAUUAGUUUUUCUUGAAGACUGUUUCUGAGAAGUCAUUUUAAUGAACCGUUGCUACAUAACUAUUAAAGGCGCCAAAUCUCUUUAAGCCGACAUCCAAUUAAAAUUUAAUGAGCAACAAAAUAAAAAAAACAAGACAACAAAGUUAUCAAUUCUGUAGAGAACUUUGGAUCCGGAUUAAUUUAUGAAGCCUUUGUUAACUUUGAAUUAGAGGUGUCCCGGAAAGACAAAGAAAGAAAUUUUUUACGUAGAAAAUAUAACGUAUUAAAAACUUGAAAUCUUUUGUGACGCCAGUCUACCGACUUUAAAAUGUAAUGAUUUCGUAUUCCUUUUACGAAAUUUCACGUCAUUGCAACACUUUGAAUUCAUAUUUAAAAUGUAAAUGGGAAAAGUUAAUCGGGCACUUAUUUGUUUAACAAGUAAAACAUCAAUAAUUAGCGACGCUAUCUUGAGGAACGGUUUCCCACUCUCGUUUCAUUUAUACUCAAAAUUAAAAAUUUCCUACCCCAUUUAGUCAAUAAAUUCAGAUAUAAGUAUGUAAAAUCAUGCUUAACCUAUUGAUGCUCAGGCAAAUACUUUGCGCACAGACAGACCAACUUAACUAUUAAUUCUUCGAAAUGAGAUUUCAGGCUCCAAAGGCGGAAAACUGGAAGACUUGACAUGGAUUUUUUGCUAGGCGCUGUUUGUAUAUUUUUUUAGUUGUUGUUAGUUUUUGUAAGCGAAGGAAAAAACAUUUUGUACUCUUAAUUUGACAAUUUUUUUUGUUUUCGUUUUAUUUUGGAAAUUUGAUUUCAGAGAUAUCAUUUUCUGUUUACUUUAUAAUUCAGCUGCAAACAGAAAUAACAACAGAAACAACAACAAGUCACAUUAUUAUAUUAUAUAUACAAAUAUAUAUAUAUUUACACGUAGUUUUAUAUAAACAAAUAUCCUUAUCCA